CUUGGCCUCAAAAAAAAAACUGGGCGAUUUAUGUGUUAUUAUGAUUUUGCAAUAAUCAUUUAGACACAUUUCGGCAUCCAAACAAUUUACACAUUCAACACACGAUAAAUAAACGUAAAAUAAUAGAACUACCUGCUCCACGAUUUGCUGUGUUAUUACUAAAAACGAAAGGACACGCUUUCCCUAAAAUCAUCACAGACACGCAUCACCAUGAGCAAUUUCCACAUACGAACCGAAUGGGACUCUGUUCUAGCUAGAGUUUGCAAUAUUAAUAAUUGGGAACAGAAAACACGAAAAUGUUGGAAAACAGACAAUGGAAUUUGGCAUUCAAUGGAAAAAGAGGAAUUACGAGCCCUAGAAGACACUUUUAGAGCAUUGAGUAAAAUGGCUAAAGGUGCAGAUCGACAAUGGAUAAUUGAAGCUAAUGUACUCGAUUUCAUUAAAAAUAUUUUGGCCUUGCCGUCACGCGAACAAAAACACUAUGAAGUCAUGUCUUGUGCGUGGCAAUUAUUGUUCGAUUUGGUAUGGAAUAGCUCGAAUCACACUCUCAUUUGGAUGGAAUUCAACGAGAUUUUAAUGAAAUAUCUCCAGCAAAACGUUUAUAAAAAUGACACAUGCAGUCACAUUGUUUACAGUAUUUACGGUAUAGCCCGUCUGGCUCAACAUGAAGGAUUGAAUAUAUUCAAAAUUCUUCUCAAUAAUUACGGUCAAGAGAAACAAAACGGGCCACUCAAGGAGCAAGGAUUAACAAUUUUCUUAGACCAUUUCAUGAGUGACGAAUCGAGAAUUAGGCAUUUGUACCAGCAAUUGGAUGAUCUUGAGAAAACAUAUUUCCUGCACUUUAUUGUUGAUUGCAUUAGUACACCACCCGUUGAUGGUAGAAAAGAUUACCGCGUUUCUUCGGAACUACUAGACUGCAUAUGCUAUGAAUUCAUUUCGAAAAAAGAACUCACCUCCCCGUCGUCCAUACCGAAAUACUCGACAGUUAUGCUUCUAUUCGCAUUAUUCGAAGUAAUUGCUUAUGCAGCAACGGAUGAACGUCAUCAAUUGAAUAAAUUCAAUUUUCCGUUGAUACAAAACGUUGUACAUUUGUUCGACUUUGUUCGUUCCAAUGAUGAAAUUGCCGAAGAAUUCUUUUGCACAAUUCAAAGAAAUACUAAGCUGACACUAAAGGAAAUAAUAUUAUCAACGAUAAUCAAUUUGGUUAGAGAUAACACAGACCACAAAGAGAAGGCCAGAGAAGCGGGUUUAAUUGCAAUUCUGGUCAAUUAUGUAUCCAGAGAGCGUUGUCGACAUUUAUACAAAUGCAUGCUGUACGCGCUCAUCGAGAUGUGCCAAACGAGUCCGCUUAACAUGGCCUUGGUGGAAGAGAUCGCAAAAAGUAAAGACUGGCAAGGAUCAGUACCGGUCAAAGAUUUCCUCUACGAUAUGAACUACAAGGGAGCGAAAAUCUACUGACCACAUCCAUAUUUAUUUUCGUUUUGGCAUGUGCCGUCGUUCAUACAUAGUCAUGAUUUUUUUUUUUGUAAUUUGAUUUUGUGAUUUACCUUUCAACUGAAGGUAAAUUGUGCUGUGCGAACAUUUUCUUUGUUAUUGUAUAACAAAUUUUAGAAAUAAAAUAGUUAUGUUGAGAAAAUAA